CCUAAUAAUCUGUCCAUCCGUUUCUCUAUCUCAACCGCCUCCCAAACCUUCCCCUGCGCCGACUCUGAACUCGCCUCUUUUUUCCUCCACCGCCGGCCAUCUUCUCCGGCCGUUAUCGACUCUUUCUAUGUCCCUUUCCCGAUCUGUCUCCGACCCUCUCCUUUUCAGAACCGAUCCGUCGCCCUAAAACAUGGGCAUUCUCAUCCACUUAUGGUAGACUGAGAGUCUGAUCAGUAAGGGUGUUUUUUUCCGCUUAAAAGGGAUUUAUGCGCAGUGAAAUUCUAAUCACGGAAGGAACAGAUUUUGGAUUUUAAGAUAUAUGUCUUCAAUCACCUUUGACAUGCAUGGUUUGUUCAGAGAAUGAGUGUCAGUCACCUGAUGGGAGUGAUUUUUGUGGUGUGUUUGAUGAAUAAAAAUUUGAUCUUUGGCCAAUAUUAAGGCUGUGACAGCUGACUUUUGUGUAAAACAAGAAACCGCAGAAUAGUUUUGUGCAAAAAAGGAAGAAAAGAUUGGUUCAGCUGCAGGGGUACUGCCUUUAGAACGCCAGAGGGCGAUGCCUUCUGCUGGGAUGAGACGGACAACAAGGGUGUUUGGGGCAAGGGUGCUAAGAUCAGGUAGGAAGGUGUGGACCCUGAGUGAGGGAAAACAAUUGAAGAAGGCUGCUGCUCAUAAUGAGGUCAGGCUAAUUGAUUUUCUUGAUGAUUCAGAAGUUGGUGGCGGAGGGCAUGCUCCUCCCCUCAGUCCCCUGUGCACGAACAAUGGGUGGCAUGGAAGUGAUGCUUUCAAGAAGCAAGAAGCUUCAGAAAUGGAUGUAGAUUUAAAAUUAGAUAGUAGGGCAGUAGAACUUGAGUCUGACAGUCAUACAAGGGACACUGUUAACUCAAAUUCAAAUGUAAAUAGGAGAUGGGGAAUUGUUUAUAGACGGAAACGGAGUAGGGCUCAAGAAAAGAAUCUUCUUGAAGCUUUUGAUGGUUCAAGUGAGGCUUUGGAGGAGAGGAGGUUUGGCAAGUAUUUUGUUAGACAGCGGUGGAAGAAGAAAGCUAAAUAUUCUCAAGAAGAUUCACCUGCAGAUUCUGUUUUCAUUUAUUCCUCCCAUUAUUCUGGUCAUUUGAUGUGCUGCUUGUUACAUUCACUUUUGGGUGGUAUGUCGAGGGCCUCAGUCACACUGGCACAGUUUUUUGCAUUCAUCAGCUCAAGACCAAUAUGUGAUGUCUUUUCUUUGCAUGGGAUCCAUUUUCUGAAGGAAUACACUCCUGAAAUGAAGGCUGGUGUUUGUACAAUUUCUGCUGUUAGAUGUUCUGUACCUUUGUUCACUGUCAAUUUUUCUGCAAUUCCAUUUUGCUUUAUGUAUCUCCACUCAACGUUGUCUCUAAAAUACUGGUUUCCGUCUGGUUCUCUAUCUGUGAACUCUGUUACUAUAUACGAGGAAUGCAAAAUGUCUGAUAACUCUGAAGAUGAUAAUAAUUUGUGUAAUCCAGUUAUUGCAUCUGUAAAAUAUAAAGAUGAUUCCAGGAAGCAGAUAGUGGCACAGCCAAUUGUUAGGCUUCCAAAGUUACCUACACGCAGUUCAUUGUUAAGGAGUGGGCGCACUAUCCAGAAGCGGAGGAGAGCUUUGAGAUCAAGAAGAGGUAAACGGUCUUCUCCCAAUAAAUUAGCAAAACCAAACGGGGCUUUGGUUUCUGAUGGUUUGAGGUUCAGACAUAACAAUGGUUUCCGGUUGUCUUCUGCAAAGAACAUCAAAGGACUGAAAUCUGCAGUGCUCGAGUCUACAAAGGACCUAGACUCUACAAGCUGUUCAGCAAAUCUAUUGGUCAUAGAGUCAGACAGAUGUUAUAGGGAAGAAGGGGCAAUUAUUGCAUUGGAGUUAUCAUCUGUUUCAAGACAGUGGACUCUUACUGUUAAGAGAGAUGGAACACGGCGAUACAGCCUUACUGCUGAGAAGGUUAUGAGGCCAUGCAGUUCAAACCGCAUCACGCAUGAUAUAAUAUGGACUGUUGAUAAUAGUUGGAAGUUAGAGUUUCCAAAUAGAAGAGAUUGGUGGAUCUUCAAAGAACUUUAUAAGGAGUGUGCUGAUCGCAAUGCACACCCCUCAGCCGUGAGCACCAUUCCUAUUCCGGAAAUAUGUGAGGUGUCGGGAUAUGGAGAGUGUUGGCCCACCAAGCUAUUUAGCCGACCAGUGUCUUACAUCACUGAAAAAAGAGACGAGUUAGCUCGGGCAAUGGAUAGGAGGUCCGCAAACUAUGACAUGGAUAGUGACGAUGAGGAGUGGUUGAAUGACUUCAACAGUGACAAGCAUGAUCAGUGUAUCUCGGUUGAAAAGUUUGAAUUGAUGAUUGAUUCUCUUGAAAAAUGGGGGUUCCAUAAUCAAGAUGAUUGUUCCGAUGAAAAAACUGCUCUCAGUGCUUGCCUUGAAUCAGAAGGGAAAGAUGUUGCUGAGGCUGUUUACAGUUACUGGAUUAAAAAACGUAAAAAGAAACGGUCUCCACUAAUAAAGAUAUUCCAGAUGUAUCAGCCAAGGAAAAGUGUAUUGCCAACAAGACCUGUUGUGAGGAAAAAACGGUCAUUCAAACGACAAGGAAGUCAUGCUGGAAGAGGCAAGCAGCAUACUUUCUUUCAAGCCUUGGGUGCGCAACGAAAUGCAGAGCAGCAACAGAGUGCCAUUGUCAAGGCAAAAGAAGCAAAGUCUGCUGCCAACAGACAAGAGGGUGUGGCGGUUGCCAAGCGUCACAAAGCGCAACAACUUAUGGAAAAUGCUGACUUAGCCACUUAUAAAGCUGUUAUGGCACUAAAAAUAGCUGAUGCCGUGAGGAUCGCCGAGUCUGCCGGUCUUUGACAUUUUGGGAUGAAACAUGUAAAACAGUGUAUAGAUUAUGGCUUAGAUGUACAUUUUUUUUGUAUUACUGACAUUUACUGUCAGGUAGAGUGUAGGUUAGAGAUAUUAAACCAUGGUUUGAGUUCACCAUUUGCAUCUAGCUAGGAAGAAAAAAAAGCAAAAAAUAUAUAGGAAAAAAAACCAAUAUACAUGUGGGUUUUAUCUUGGUUUGUAUGCUUACUGUUUGUUGAGGAAGUCCACUCCAGUUUGGAUAAUGUAUAUAGAGGGUGUUUGGCAGAAUUCUAUUUUUAAGAAUUUAGCUUAUGCUUGAGAUAGUGG